AUGGCCCCACUCACUGAACCCAGCAGCCUGGUCCUCAGGCCAGGAAGAGUGUCUCCUCAGGCUGCGUGGGAUUCCCAGCCACCACUGCCACAGUCACUGACCUGGCCUGGUGCCCGGUCUGGUGGGGAACCAGCCUGUUCACCAGUUCAGGGAGAAAGUUCCCACAGCCAGCGUGACAAGCUCCUCCUGAAGAUUAAACAGCGCACACCUUCCACUCCAGAGCCAGGAAGCGAUGCUCAAAAGAGGGACCAAAGCUCUCCCGAACUGCAGCCACUCUCAGUGAUAAGGUCCCAAGCUCCUCUGAUAACAACCGAGUUCUUAUCAGGAAAGUCAGCAUCACGAGCUCCUUCAGGAGAACCAGCAGCACCCAAAGAACCAACAACUCCAAACAACAAAACUACUCUUCCUCUCCAGGAACUUUAUCAGCUGAAAUCCUUUAAAGCCUGGAAGGAAGGAGUGUUUCAUCAAAAAGAAUUUGCCUGGACUCAUCUCAGACCCCUGCAGGCAUCACUAAUCUCUGGAGGGGAAGAUACGUGCCGCUUGGUCUCCAGGAUGAACUCCUCACACUGGCUUCCUGGCGGGUACCUGACUGUGCUUAUCGUAGGAGGAGCUCGGGGCCUCUGUGUCGCUGAGGAUGGCUGUGGUGCAUUUCAGGACAGCCCUGGUCUUUGUUGUGAGUGUGACUUCUCGGCUCCAGCAUAGAACCCUCAUCCCACCAGCACAGCUCCUUCACCCUGCUGGCAUAGACUUUCUGGCUUCCACCGCUGACCUUUGGGCCUUGCUGGCACGGAUCCAUAAAAGAGACUGACAUGAGUCCUUCUUGUGGGCUCUGGAUCUCCUUUUGGACUCGUGGGAGGCAUUGUCAUGAGCUCUGGGUUUUUAUCUGGACUCAUGUGGGACAUUGCUGUGGGAUUUAAGCCCUUAACUAAAUAUUCUAUGUCUUUGGUGUUGUGGAUAGAUUUCCUGCAUUUUCUUGUGUUGACUCUUGGUGACCCUUAUAAAAAUAAUA